AUGGCAGGUGGUUACCAUGACCACUGGAGACAGAGUGCUAGGGACCACAAGGACUGGGGCAACAUGACCAGAUUGCUUGCAGCAUAUAAUAGCCUUACGGAUAAACACUUGGCUGGAUAUUUUAACAAUACAAGGAUAAGGCGGCAUCUUUUAAGAUCAGGACUGAUCACAAGAAGUGGAAGAAUACUUUCUGAAAAAGAAUACAAACUAAAUAUCAUGAAGCGAGAUCACCAAAAAUAUAUCCGAGAGUGCUUAGCCCAGGCUAUUUUUCAUAAAGUUCUUGAUAUGGAGCGUUACCAUCAGCUUGAAAUAAAAAAGAAACUGGAGACCUUAGCUAGGAAGGAGCGAGUUCAGAGAUUUAAGCAGGACCCCACCAAACAGUCUAUAGAAAAUAACAUGCCAAUACUGUCUCCUCGUCCACCAGUUGGCCAGAAGAGUAACCUGGGACAAAGUGUUCUGAUUGAUGAAUUACAUUCUAGUCCGUUAACACGGACAGCCCCUAGACCAUAUACUGCACCAGGAAAUAUGCAGCCUCCAAUUCGAUUGCAGCCUCUUUCCAGUAAUCCUUCAAUAGGAACUGUUCCAAAGAUAACUACCAGGCCAAGAUCCAAAACCUCAAUGCUGGAAAAUGAAACUCCAUUUCCUAUUGGGGGCAAGAAGGCAGUGAUGAAGUUCAGAAGCUCCAUGGAAAAUUCAUGGGGAACAAAUUUAUAUCAACUUCCGAAUAUUAACAAUUACAUGAUGCCUAUUCCUCCUCCACCUCCUCUCCCAGAUGGAAAAUUCACCAGGGAAAAUAGAGCUGAAACAUGGAGAAGGAGACGAUUUCGCCCAAUCACUGCAUCAAACGGCUUAGAACCUCUCUUUACCAAGGAUUCACGAAGGAUUCAUAAAACAUCACUGCAUAGCAAUGCAGCUAUCACAAUGAUCUAUUUUGGGAAAAAUGUGCACCUCUCUUAUGAUGACUCAGACUUCCGGGAUGAAAUAAAAGUUUACCAACAGCACUGUGGUGGGGAAAACCUUUGUGUCUACAAAGGCAAACUACUUGAAAAAGAGACCUUUCAGUUUAUUUCCAAAAGGCACCAUGGUUUCCCCUUCAGCCUCACCUUUUUCCUGAAUGGAAUACAGGUGAACAGACUAAGCUCCUGCUGUGAAUAUAAGCAUCGGAAAGGUUCCAGACUAGGAGGCAAACGUGGCUACUUUGGGUUUGUGUGUGUCGAGAGAUCAUCUCCCUGCUACAAGUGCAUUAUUGCAAUGGGGCUUGACAAAAAAACAUCUUCAUCCAAAACUAGGAAAGAAAAUGCUGAGAAAAGAGAGGAAUUGAAGAAGAGUAAAGGGAAGCUGAGGAAGGAUGAAAAGUACAUGAUACCAAGAAGAAAUGAGAUAGAGAGAAACAGAACCUUAGUCUCAGCCAUUUUUUCAGCUCAAGAGGAAGAAAUGGGGGUUAAAGAAGUGAGAACUGCUAUGGAAGAAAUGGAAAGAAAAGGAAAACCAGGACAAGAUAUUUGGGAAGAUGACCAGGAAAAUACAUUUAAAUAUGAAUACGAAGAAGAUUUUGAAGUAGAUGAGGAGAAACAAGAUGAGAAAACUAAUGAAGAAGGACAGGCUGAUGAUCAAAUGAAUGGAAUGUCAAAGUCACCCUCAGAUGAUGAAAAAGACAAUUUAGACCCUGAAAAGGAGAGUGAAACCUCAUCACAGAAGGCACCAGAUGCUGAUGACAAUGUGAAAGAUGAAAGUGAUGGACGCUCUGUCACUGAAUUGGAAGAAGAUAAACAAGAUAGAAAAACUGCUUCAUCAAUCUCAUCCAGAAGUCACCGAAAUUCUAGUUGCAGUGAAGAAGAAUCUUCAGUGGAAGACAGGGAUGCUCACACUGAAAACAGUUCAGAAGAAAGUGCCAGAAGCCCAUCUUCUCGGGAGCUGAGUGAAAAUGAUGAGUCAGGAAAACCCCAUCUGCCAGUUGAGGAAUCCCUAGAAACUGAAACUCUAGAUCAAGAAAUAAUAAAAGCAGAAGUGGAGACCAAGCCAGUGCCAGCAGAGGAAAACUAUGAUAAUGCUCUUAAAGAGGAAAUGGAAGAGGGGGCCCAAGUGACUACAGAAGGCUUAUCAGUGAAGUCCAGAGAUCAUAUUUCCAAGGAAGAAAAGGAAAAGACUAAGAGAAAGCUUUGGGAAGGAAGCACUACUAAUGCAAAGGAUGAAAAGGCAGGUUCCCCUGGGGUGAAGAAAGGAGGCAAGGAUAUGUUAACUUUGUUUUCUAACCUUAUAUUUGUAGCACCAAAUGAGAAUUUAGUGGUUGAGGAAAGAACACUACUCAACUUGAACAAGGAACCUAAGCAAGUUGCACCGGAAAUGUAUACGCUGGAGAAGAAAGCAGCAAUCGAGGAAAAUGAAGUUCCCCAACCCAGGGAUGCUGACAGGACAGAGCAAAAAGGAGAGGCAACAUUGUGGGGAAAAAUAGGGGUUAAUGAAGUUCCCCUUGGGGAGUGGAAGGUAACAGGAGUACAGCCUGCAUUAGCAGAACAGUUUACUAUGGAAAGAGAGGUCCCUCAGGACAUUGAGAGUGGAACACGGGUAGCAGCAGAAGGGGAUAGAAAUGUGGGUAGAGAAGGAUUAAACUCCACAGAAAAAGAAGGAGUAGGAGACUCUGCAAAUCUGAAUGAAGGUGAGGCUCCUGAAGAGCAAGGCUUAGUGCAAACAGUGCUUGAAAUAGAGAAGGCAGUUUCUGAAGGAGAACAGGGUUCAGAGGACUCAGCACUCAGAAGCAAGGCAGCAGCUCUGAGAGAGGCAGCAAUGCCACCAGAGAAAGGAGAUACGACAGGGGCUGCUGUGAGUGAGGCAGGGUCUGAGAAGCCAGAUGAGGAAGAAAACAAAGAGGAAGCAUCCACAGACCUAGAGAACACUAGUCCUGUGGAAGAAGCAGCAUCCAAGAGAAAGGAUGCUUCAGAAAAGGCACUACUUGGGGGAGAAGAACCAGCCAAAGAGUGGGAGGAAGUUAUGGGAAUAGAAACACCUUUGAGCUCCUCAGUCUCUGAGAAGGAAGGGGUAAACCAGAUGAACUGGGAGGACAGCUUUAAAGAAGAAAGGAAAGAAUGUAAGAAAGAUAUGGAAAGGGAGAAGGUUGUGACUGAGGCAGAAUCUAAUAGGGAAGAUGACAGGAAAGAAAUGUUAUCUGAGGAAUUAGAUGCAGCAGGAGAAAGAAAGAAAGCUGAGAGGCUAAAAACACAUCUGAGGGAUACUGAAUCUGAAAAAGAAGAGGUGAAAAGGGCAAAUGCACUUAAGCAUGAAUAUGCUUCAGAAGAAGGCAAAAAGGAAGAGAAGGAAACAGUGAAAGAAAACAGACCUGAUGGAAAGACAAAAGCCCCCACAAAGGAAAUGGACUCUGAGUCUGCUGACAAAGUACCCAUGGAGGAAUCUGAAGUCGCUGAAGAUGCAGGGCUGCAAAGGAAAGAUUCACUAAAAGCCAGAGGAGUUGUCAUGUGUGAAGCAGUACUUGGACCUGAAAAGUCACUGGAAAACAUAACAGCUCUGAGGAAAGGAGGAGAGGAAAGACUGACAGAAACCAGAGACACAGAACACAAAUUCAGAGUACAGCUGCUCCCCGAGGAGAAUGUGGCUCCUUCAGAGAAGGAUGAGGGGCCACAGUAUGAUGGAGAGAGUGUAUUAGGAACACCUGAAAGUGAGCUGGCAGGAAAGGCACAGGGGCCUGAGGUGAUAGUAACCACAGGUGAGGAUGAGGAGUGUGCAGCUGAAGAUCAAGAUCGCCUUGCAGGCCCGGAGGGAAGGGAUACAGAAGGGCCUCUACAGGGACGAAAAGGAAUAGGGGACUUGACAAUGACACAAGGAGAUGUUCCUGAAGAAGACUCCAUGAUAGCAGAAAAGUUCAAUGAAGAAGCAAUGGGUGAGGACAUGGAAGAGGGGGAGGAAAAGUGCAGUCUGGGAAGAGGAAUCAUGAAGAACAGGAGCUCAGAGGGAGAAAGGAGCUUGACAGAAGAAGCUAUUGCUGAAGAAGAUCUGAACCAAGGAGAAACGACAGAAAUGACCAUGGAGAAGAGGGAAGAGUUGGCAGAUGCCAAGAGAUCUGAGGAGAAAAUAGCAAAUAUAGACUCUUCCUUUGCAGAUAUUGCUGGGGAGGAAACUUGGCACAAAGUGGAUGAAUUAGUAGGAAAAACAGCUGCUGCAGAGAGAGUGGUGGUAGAGGGAAUAGCACUGAGCCAGGAAAAGGUGCAGGCGGUGGAGGAGGUGACAGUGACAUCAAUAGCAGAGGUUGGGCUGGGUGCUGUUCAAAAACCUUCCAAUCUGGAAGGGGGUUGUCCACAGCUAGGGUAUGAUCAAGAGGGAGGGGAAGAAGAAACCACUCCACAAGUAGGAUUACUGGGAGAGGAGGAGGAGGGGAUGGGAAGCAGUGAUAAGGAGCAGGAGCCAGGAGCAGCUGAGGCAUUCAGGCAAAGAUUACCAUGGGAGACAGAGGUAGAGCUGAAGAGAGAGAGUCCACAGGCUGUGGAAACACUUCCUAUAAAGCCCGAUUUCACUGAAACCCAAGAGAAGCCAAAGCAUAUGGUGCAAAGAGAAAGUGAGAAUGCAGAUGUUUCUGGGAACCAUGUGGAGGCCUAA